GCAGCAGCUACAAGAGGAUGGGUCAGAGGACAUCAGUGGGCCAGGCAUGCCCUCCAGCCACAGUCGGGGGAGCUAAGGAACCCAUGAGAGUAUUUUGUUGAGUCGACCUCCAAGGCCCAUCUGUUCCACAGUGGAUACCAAAUUCUACCUCCUACCCAGACUCUUACUACACUGAGCAACGGGACAAGAAGGUACAGCGAGAUCCACAGAUGCUGUUGCUUCCUCCAGAGGCAAAGAAGAUGUGAAGAGGGGGCUGCAUUCAAGUGUCCACAGUGCUAGCUAUGCGAGGGGGUUCCUGGCGGCCCCCGAGCUUACCGCUGCAGUGACGGGCACCGCUGGCAUCAGCAUUCCUGGCAUCAUGGGAGGUACCAUUCCUGGGAUCUAUGGAUACAAAGAAGACGAAAACCAGCUACCAAGGUGACAGCCUGACUUACGAGAUCAGGAACAGGCAGAGUCAGGGGGAAGAGGAAGCCCUGGAUGAAUGGAUUGAGGUGAUGGAGAAAGUGUUACCUCUCUCCCUCAUCGCCACCAAAGGAGGCAUCGAGUCUCUCAUUUCCCUUUGCUCCACUCUCAUUGAAGGACAAAAGAAAAGGGCAAAAGAGAAGAAGUGAUCAACCAUAUACAAGGCCUGCGAGAAACUGGGGCAACCUACAAGGCCCAGAACCUCUACAUCUUCCUGGAAAACAUCGACCACCAACAGAACCUCCAGCUGCAGCCCUGGAAGGACAAGCAGAAGGACCUGGAGGAGAAGCACCGAGAGUGCCUGAGCAGCAUGGUGACCAUGUUCCCCAAGCUCCAGCUGGAGUGGAAUGUUCACCUGCACACCCCUGUGGUCACCUCCCCACAGUCAAGGAAAAGCAAGCCGCCCCCAUCCUUACUCCAGCACAUCCACUCCAGCAGCCGCUCCUGCAAGCAGCCUCUGGAGCACUGUACGUCCAAGCACCCAGAACGUGUGCCCCUGCGGGUAGCCUGCCAACAGGGGAAACAGAUGGAGGCCAUGUGGAAGACUGAUGUGACCUCCUCCAGUCACCCAAUAGAAAAGAAGACCCCUGCCAGCCUGCCCUGGGACCAGCUAGGGGGGCGCCCAGAUAUUCCCCGGCUGUUGGCAUUGGAUGUGCAUUCCUCCUACCACAAAAGCUUCAUGUCCCUCAAGGCCCGUGCCUCAGCGACCCAAAGAAAGACAUGCCUGGAACCCCCAGAUGAGUCAGCUGAACUUGUUCAUAAAAAGUCAAACGAGUCCUUCCCUGGAACCCUAAAAAGCAGGAGGAUCGAGACAACCCCAGUCCCCACUCCAUCCCUCAGCCAGUGAUUCUCAGACUUCAGGGUGACUACGUAUCACAUGGAAACUUGUUCCAAAUGCAGGUUCCCAGGUGGUAUUUUUAAACGCACACUCUGGGUAUGGCUAAGUAGUCCUAGAACCUUGAGAAACACUGCUUUCCUC